AUGGAAAUACACUGUAAGCACGACCCGUUUGCAUCCAUGCAUAGACAUGGAGGAGUGAAUCAGCUUGGGGGGGUUUUUGUGAAUGGACGGCCACUCCCAGAUGUAGUCCGCCAAAGGAUAGUGGAACUUGCUCAUCAAGGUGUCAGGCCCUGCGACAUCUCCAGGCAGCUUCGAGUCAGCCAUGGUUGUGUCAGCAAAAUCCUUGGCAGGUAUUAUGAGACGGGGAGCAUCAAGCCUGGGGUAAUUGGAGGAUCCAAACCAAAGGUUGCCACACCCAAAGUGGUGGAAAAAAUCGCUGAGUAUAAACGCCAAAAUCCCACCAUGUUUGCCUGGGAGAUCAGGGACCGGCUGCUGGCGGAACGGGUGUGUGACAAUGACACGGUGCCCAGCGUCAGUUCCAUCAACAGGAUCAUCCGGACAAAAGUACAGCAGCCGCCCAACCAGCCGGUCCCAGCUUCCAGUCACAGCAUAGUGUCCACCGGCUCCGUGACGCAGGUGUCCUCGGUGAGCACGGACUCAGCCGGCUCCUCCUACUCUAUCAGCGGCAUCCUGGGCAUCACGUCCCCCAGCGCCGACACCAACAAGCGCAAGAGAGACGAAGGUAUUCAGGAGUCUCCUGUGCCGAACGGUCACUCACUGACGGGCAGAGAUUUCCUCCGGAAGCAGAUGCGGGGAGACCUGUUCACGCAGCAGCAGCUGGAGGUGCUGGACCGCGUGUUUGAGAGGCAGCACUACUCGGACAUCUUCACCACUGCAGAGCCCAUCAAGCCCGAGCAGACCGCCGAUUAUUCUACCAUGGCCUCGCUGGCUGGAGGGCUGGACGACAUGAAGGCCAACCUGACCAGCCCUACCCCUGCCGACAUCGGGAGCAGCGUGCCGGGGCCACAGUCCUACCCCAUUGUGACAGGCCGCGACUUGGCGAGCACGACCCUCCCCGGGUACCCUCCGCAUGUCCCCCCCGCCGGACAGGGCAGCUACUCAGCGCCGACACUGACAGGGAUGGUGCCUGGGAGUGAGUUUUCCGGGAGCCCCUACAGCCACCCUCAAUACCCCUCGUACAACGACUCCUGGAGGUUCCCCAACCCAGGCCUGCUCGGCUCCCCGUACUAUUACAGCGCCGCCGCCCGAGGAGCUGCCCCGCCCGCAGCUGCCACGGCCUACGACCGUCACUGA